GGGAAUGGAUGGAGGGAGCUCACUCAUUAUUCAACACUACUACUCUCACUUAAUUACUUGCUAGCUGCUGUUUGUUUCACAUAAUUAAUUAACCAGCACUACUGCUGCUGCUGUUCAUAUACAUUGACUCUACAUCACAUGCAAUAUUACAUUCACAUCUCUCCCACCCCACUACUUCCUCCCUACCUACUACUGUUCCUUCCUUUUUCAAAGCAAACACAUCCAAGUCCAACCAAGAAGAAAACCAAUUAAAAGAGACUAGCGCGCACACACACACACACGCUCUCCCUCUCCCUCUCCCUGUAACUAUAUAUGUAGUACUAUAUCAGUAGCAGUCAUCAGGCAUCUCUUCUAUGAUCUCAAGCGGGAAUGGAUGCAGAUGGACGAGUCUUCAUUGAAGUGAAAUAAUUAUACAAGCCUCUCAUUUCCUCCACUGAUCCGCCAACCAACCUUGCAUCUCUCAUCUCAUCUCAUCUCUUUAAUUCAAUUCUUUCUGUGAUGGAAGAAACAUUCAUCCCCUUCCGUGGGAUCAAGAACGACAUUCAAGGGAGGCUCCUCUGUUACAAGCAAGACUGGACUGGUGGGCUCCGCGCUGGUUUCAGCUAGGAUGAGAUGUGCUCUUCUCUUCUCUUCUCUUCGCAUUUCAGGAUAUUGGCACCUACCACCUAUAUAUUCUUCGCAUCCGCCAUCCCAGUCAUUUCCUUUGGCGAGCAACUGGAGCGAAGUACAGAUGGAGUCUUAACCGCGGUGCAGACACUAGCAUCCACCGCGAUUUGCGGAAUCAUACACUCCAUAAUUGGAGGACAACCUUUGCUAAUUCUUGGAGUUGCUGAGCCUACCGUCAUAAUGUACACCUUCAUGUUCAACUUUGCUAAACAGAGGCCAGAUUUGGGUCGUGAUAUGUUUCUUGCAUGGACUGGAUGGGUUUGCGUUUGGACUGCAGCCCUGUUGUUCUUGCUGGCAAUAUUGGGAGCUUGCUCUAUUAUCAAUAGGUUUACCCGCGUGGCUGGAGAGUUGUUCGGAAUGCUUAUUGCUAUGCUCUUCAUGCAGCAAGCCAUAAGAGGGCUGGUGGAAGAGUUUCGCAUCCCAGAAAGGGAGGAUAGCAGGCGAACUGAGUUCAUGCCUUCAUGGCGGUUUGCCAAUGGCAUGUUUGCCUUGGUGCUAUCGUUUGGGCUAUUGUUAACUGCCUUGAGAAGCCGGAAAGCGCGUUCGUGGCGCUAUGGAAGUGGUUGGGUUCGCAGCCUGAUAGCAGACUAUGGGGUACCGCUAAUGGUAUUGGUGUGGACAGCCGUGUCCUACAUACCCUCAAAAAGUGUUCCGCAGGGGAUUCCAAGACGUCUGCUCAGCCCCAACCCCUGGGCUCCUGCUGCCUAUCAGAACUGGACUGUAAUCAAGGAAAUGUUGGACGUGCCGAUCCUCUACAUAUUUGGAGCCUUCAUACCUGCAACUAUGAUUGCAGUGCUCUACUACUUCGACCACAGCGUCGCAUCUCAGUUGGCUCAGCAGAAGGAAUUCAAUUUGAGAAAGCCCCCUUCGUUCCAUUAUGAUUUACUGCUGCUUGGCUUCCUGACAUUGAUGUGCGGUCUUAUUGGUAUUCCUCCAUCGAAUGGUGUGAUACCGCAGUCUCCGAUGCAUACGAAAAGUCUAGCAACUCUGAAACACCAGUUGCUGAGGAAUCGGCUGGUAGCCACAGCGCGCAGGAGCAUCCAAAAAAACUCAAGCUUGGGACAACUGUACGGUAGCAUGCAGGAAGCAUAUCAACAGAUGCAGACUCCUCUCAUCUACCAGCACCCACCACAUGCGGGGGCUCUGAAGGAGUUGAAAGAAACGACGGUCCAGUUGGCGUCGAGCAUGGGAAGCUUUGAUGCACCGGUGGAUGAAGCCGUGUUUGACGUGGAGAAGGAAAUCGACGAGCUGCUGCCCGUGGAGGUGAAGGAGCAGCGGGUGAGCAACCUGCUGCAAGCCCUGAUGGUGGGAGGGUGUGUGGGUGCGAUGCCCGCGCUCAGGAUGAUCCCAACAUCCGUGCUUUGGGGGUACUUCGCCUUCAUGGCCAUUGAGAGCCUGCCCGGGAACCAGUUCUGGGAGAGGAUCUUGCUGCUCUUCACCGCGCCCAGCAGGAGAUACAAGGUGCUGGAGGAGUACCACGCGACAUUCGUAGAGACCGUGCCGCUGAAGACAAUUGCAGCAUUCACGAUAUUCCAAACGGGGUAUCUGGUGGUGUGCUUCGGGAUUACGUGGGUUCCCAUUGCCGGGGUGCUGUUCCCGCUGCUGAUUAUGCUGCUGGUCCCCGUGAGGCAGUACAUACUGCCCAAGUUGUUCAAGGGGGCCCACCUUCAGGAUCUGGACGCCGCCGACUACGAGGAGGCGCCUGCAGCGGUGAUGAUGCUGCAGGAGGGAGGGGGAGGAGGAGGAGAUCCAUGGGGAUGGGGUGGUGCCGGCAGCAGCAGGCGGGCUUCUUUUGCGGCGGAGGAUGGGGAGAUUCUAGACGGGAUGAUCACGAGAAGUCGCGGGGAGAUCAAGCACAUAUGCAUCAGUCCAAAAGUGACGAGCAGUAGUUCACCAGCAGCAGCAGCAGCACCCAAAGAUGUGAGGCAGCAGAGCCCCAGGGUGUCGUUGUCUGAGAAGGCGUACAGCCCCAGAAUCAGUGAACUCAGAGGAGGAGUCGGAGGAGGGGAGAGGGCUAGUCCUCGUAGGAGCACCGAAGUGCAUGGGGGGAGGCCAUCUAAUUUAGGGAUGAGUCGGUGCAACUCCUCCUCCUCCCCGCCAUCAAACCAACCUCUGCCUUAAUGAAAUCCAAAUCCAAAAUCAAAGCUUGUGGAGGGAUGGGUGGAUGAUGUGUUUUCUUUCUUUGCUUCUUUCUUUCAGCACCAGACUACUACUACUAGGUGUGAGUGAUAGUGAUCCCUCUGCGGUGUGGUGUGUGUAGUAGCGUCAAUUCCUUCCGUAAUCCUUGUGCGUGCUGCCGCAAAUUAACUAACUAAUUAAUUAAAAUGAUGCUGUCAACAACAACAACACUGGGUAGUCAGCCAGCCAUAUGUUUCCUUCCUUCCUUCCUUCCUUAUGAGGGAGCGAGUGGCACCAGCACCAGCACCAGCACCAGCACCAGCACCGGCAGUGGCAAUAGAGUUCGAAGUGAUAAUAAGUGAUUUGAUGAUGCGUUGAUUGUAUGUCUCUGUCUGUAUUGUAUUGUAUUGUAUGUAUCUUUUCCGAAACUCUGUGAAUAUCAUUGCGACGACGACAUUAUCAUUAUUAUUAUUAUUAUUAUUAUUGUCA